CUCACCAUCUUCACCAUUCUUGAAUUCUCACCUUUUCUUAAAUCGCAGCGAAUUCGCUUCAAGAAUCUAGUCUUCGAAUUGCAAAAUGGCCGGAGGAAGGAAAGGAGGAGGACCCAGGAAGAAGUCAGUCACCAGAUCUGUUAGAGCUGGGCUUCAAUUUCCCGUUGGAAGAAUCGGUCGAUUUUUGAAGAAAGGUAGAUAUGCUCAGCGUGUUGGUACUGGCGCUCCUGUCUACUUAGCCGCUGUUCUUGAAUACCUUGCUGCUGAGGUUCUUGAGUUGGCUGGGAAUGCAGCACGUGACAACAAGAAGAAUAGGAUCAGUCCAAGACAUUUGUUGCUGGCUAUUAGGAAUGAUGAAGAGCUUGGAAAAUUGCUAGCUGGUGUUACCAUUGCUCAUGGUGGUGUUCUUCCUAACAUCAACCCUGUGCUUUUGCCCAAGAGGAAUGAAAACGCUGCUGCUAGUACUCCCAAGUCUCCAUCAAAGGCCAAGAAAUCUCCAAAGAAGGCUUAAGUAGAUGUUUAUAGAUAUUAGUUUAUGUUUAUUAGGCGCCUCUAAUGUAUGUCAACAAUUUAAUUCAAAUGUUUGUGUAUGUCAUGAGGAGUUUGGUAUAUUAAUGAAAACAAUUUGUUUUCUUCCCA